CUCAAGCAGCAACAGCUAGUGUUCCUCCACAGAGAAAGCAGCCGUGAUUUAUAGGGACUGGAUACAGAUGUGGGGCAGCUCACUGCCUCAGUUCUAAAUAACGCCCUCCGCUCCUCCACACACUCCGCUCUGUGAGCUCCGUCAGUGGCGCCUCUCUCCGACUGCUUGUCAUCUUCCUCACCUCGACCCUCCUUGUUCUUGUCUCCCCGCUGGCAGAAGCUGGUGACAACAUGGAGAAUCACCUCACCUUCCUGUACUUCGCAUAUGGCAGCAACCUGCUGAAGGAGCGGCUCCAGCUCAAGAACCAGUCUGCUAAGGUCCACUGCGUGGCCAGGCUGAAGGACUAUAGAUUGGUGUUUGGGAACUACAAAGGCCUUGCCAGUGACCGGUGGCACGGAGGUGUGGCCACCAUAGAGCACAGCCCGGGGGACGAGGUGUGGGGUGUGGUGUGGAGGAUGAGCAUGUCUGAUCUGGAGUCUCUAGACAGUCAAGAGAAUGUGACAUUAGGUGCGUACACUCCCGUGGAGCUAUCGGUGAAGACGAAAGAGCAGGAGCUCAACUGUCGUACCUACAAAAUGAACAGCUGUGUGUACGCCCCACCAUCGCCACAGUACCUGAAGGUGAUCAUGAUGGGAGCAGAGCAGAACGGCUUGCCAAAGGACUACCAGGAGAAGCUGAGAACAAUCAAGACCAACAUGUAUGAGGGUCCUCUACCCAUGAUGGCUGAACUGGAGUGGGCCAGAAGGAGAGCCAAAGAGAGGGCCAACCACCGUUCCGAUGCCUGAUAAUCCAGCAGAAUCCAGGUCCACUUUGUACUAGGAAAAUCCUCAUAACACUGUAUUCGACCUACUACUGUGGCCUUAACAAGUUCACCUUAACUAGCUGAUUAAUGGCUAAUUUGGCUAACCUUAAUUCCAGCAGCCUGGUCUAUGCGCGGCCACUGUCAUCCACUGAUAGAUUACAGCAUUGAUGGGUCUGUGAUCUAACCUGAGUUGCCUAAACAGAUGAAUAUAAUACUCACAUUGUGACAGUAUAGAGGUGUGAGAUCCACCAGAAAUGUUGCGUGAUUACAUAUCACCAUAAGGAACAAUAACACAGGUUAUUUUCUUCUUGGCUUCACCAUCGUGCCUUUAUGUCUUUUGUGGUUGAAAUAUAAGACUACCAUAUUACAAUGCUUGUUUCUUGCUUGUAACAAGACUUUGAGUAAUGGACAACUAAAGUAUUCCUUAGUUGGCCAAACCAGCGUUUUUGUACCGUUGUGGCAUGGUACUGCAAGUAGAGUAUUGCAGAGUGAUUUGUCACUUCUGCCCCACAGUACCAAUCUACAAUAAAAUAACUGCCUGAAAUGAUAGCAGGUAUAAUGUUUUUACCUAAAUAAAACUAGUUAAUAAAGUUAGUCACUGCUGGUGUAAUAUUUGUGAUGCUACUUGUCAUUUCCCACAUAAGGCAACUGUACCAUUGUGUAAAACAUACAUUAAAGUAGUUUAUGUCAACAACAA